AUGGCAUCGACAAAUCGCUCAGAAAUGAGAACAUUGGAAUCCCAGAUGAAGAAUGUAUCAAUUAAUGGCAAAGAGAAUGCUGCCAUGAUAAACGGCCCUUUAAAGGCCCUUGCGGCUCGCUCAAUCAAGCCAGCACCUGCUCAACGGGUUCCCUUGCUCAAGAGAACUGCUGCACCCACAAUAACAGCAACAGCAACCACAUCGUUUGCACUGGGCACAUCAAACACAAACUCUACUAUCGCGACUUCUACUGUUGCUAUGCCCUCAACAUCGUCGCUGGCUAUAUCAAAGAAACCAAUACCAUCUUCGCGAACUCUUCCUCCAACCAACACAACAACACACAAUCUGCGACAACCCAUGGUAGGACCAUCAUCUACCUCACCGAACCAGACUACAAUACCACCACCAAAGAUGACUGUCCCGCAGCGGGCAAUGGAUCAAGUGCAUACAGAUAGAACUACUAUCGGUGGUCUUGUAGGUGCUCCGCAAGCUACGUCUAGUCCCAACAAGAUGGUGCGCUGGAAUGAAGCAGAUCAAGUCAGAUUGCAAGCUGCCGAAGCUGCCGAACCCUCUGUCGCAAGUAAUUCUGUUGCUCCUCCUCCUCCUCAAACUGCUUCAGCCCAAUCAGCGACAGACUCAUCUUCAACGAACGAUCGUAGAUGGUCUUUACGUGACUUUGAUGUAGGAAGGGCGUUGGGCAAGGGUAAAUUUGGUCGUGUCUACUUAGCUAAAGAGCGCCAGUCUGGCUAUAUCGUGGCAUUAAAAGUCUUGUUCAAGACGGAAUUGGCUAAUGCCAAAGUGGAAAAGCAACUACGCCGAGAGAUUGAAAUUCAAAGUCACCUUCGACAUCCAAACAUUCUCCGCCUGUAUGGGUAUUUUUAUGAUGCGAAAAGAGUAUAUCUGAUCCUAGAGUUUGCUCAAGAAGGAGAAAUGUAUAAGCACCUGCGAAAGCUGAGCAAGUUCAGUGAAGACAUUGCUUCGAAGUACAUAGCGCAAAUCGCUGAUGCACUUGGAUAUUUACACAGUAAACAUGUUAUUCAUCGUGACAUCAAACCAGAAAAUCUACUGAUUGGACGAGACCGAAACAUGGAGCAAAAGGUCAAGAUUGCUGACUUUGAAUUUUGUAGACGUACGACGUUGUGCGGUACUCUGGAUUAUCUCCCUCCAGAAAUGGUAGAAGGUCGUGAUCACAAUGAAAAGGUCGAUUUAUGGUCUCUGGGUGUGUUGUGCUAUGAAUUUCUAGUUGGAGUACCACCUUUCGAGGAGGUGUCAUCAUAUAAAGCGACCUAUAAAAGGAUUGCUGCUGUAGAUCUAAAAAUCCCCGACUCUGUGAGUCCCGAAGCCAAGGAUCUGAUUACGAAUCUUUUACGGUAUGAUCCAGGACAUCGGUUAGCUCUUGAUCAAGUGCUGCAACAUCCAUGGAUUGUGAAGUACAAUCCUGAUUUGGCCAACGCAGCUGGUGGUAUGGCCAUAUAG